AUGGCGAAUCCGUCAUCAGGCGUUGUGGUGCCGAGAAAUUUUCGUCUGCUAGAAGAACUUGAGCAAGGUCAGAAGGGAGUGGGCGAUGGCACGAUCUCUUGGGGUCUCGAAAGCGAUGAUGAUAUGACUCUCACUCAUUGGACUGGCAUGAUAAUUGGACCCCCUAGAACUCCAUAUGAAAAUAGGAUGUAUUCUCUUAAAAUAGAAUGUGGUACUAGAUACCCAGAUGAGCCUCCGACCGCUAGAUUUAUUUCUAGAAUCAACAUGAACUGUGUCAACAGUCAGACUGGACUUGUGGACAAUAGACAAGUCCCUAUUCUAGCAAGAUGGCAGCGUGACUAUACUAUCAAGACAGUGCUUCAAGAAUUGAGACGUCUUAUGACUCUUAAGGAAAACAUGAAGCUUUCUCAGCCUCCCGAGGGGAGCACUUUUUAA